AUGUCUUUAAUAAAUGUCCAUCCUCCUAAAACGUAUUUCGGUUCGGGAGACAUUCAAAAGUCACUGGGUUCUCUUCCAGGAUUUCCAUGGGCAAAAUAUCCCGGAGAAAAACAUCUUCCCGGUCAUAAUUACACUGGUCCAGGUGGAAAAUACACCUCGAUCGAUGUUCAUAAAAGUCAACAAGAAAGAGAGUUCAUAGUACAUUUAUCGUUUGCCGAAGAUUCCAACUCCAUCCUUGAAGGUGGUGGUUUUAUUUGUAGAGCCAAGAUAAACAUCGAAAAAGAAAAAAGAAAAUAUUCCUAUCAUCUUAAUGAGGACCAUACGAAAAAAGAAAUGUCAAGAAAUAACAAAACAUUGGGCAUUAAAGAAAUAAAAGAUAAUUACGGUGAAAACGUAUGGAGAACUUGUAGAGAUGAUAAUGCGGUAACACGAGUUUCACCUCUAAAACUAAAUGUUUUUCCAAUCAUUCACGAUGAUUGUUUAUACGCGUGGGAUUGCGAAACCUAUAGCGAAAAAGAAACGAAUAAAGCCAAUCCUUAUUCUUGCACGUUAAUUAAUUUAGAAAAAAAAAGAAAAAUGUUGGACAGAACAAAACAUAACUUUCCAGAUUUGAAUCCUACUGAUAGUGUUCCAGAAGAAUUUUAUGAUAAACUAAUGAAUAUAGUAGAAAUAUUUGUGGGUGAAGAUUGCAUCGAUCAAAUGUUGCAACGUUUAGAAUAUGAUAGAAAGAGAUUAAUAUUAAUUUCUCAUAACGGUAGCGGUUUUGAAAACUGGAUCGUUUUUAAAAAUGCGAAAAAACUAACGCAAUGCCCUUUAAAAACCCCCAGAGGUAUUCUAUCUCUACCUUCAUCUAAUCCAUACACCGACGAAUAUUUACAGAAAAAAUGGAAAAGACAAAAACAAAUCAUGGGCAACUCUAAGUAUUUGCAACAUAUUAAUUUCACAUAUUCCUAUCAACACGAAACAUCUAGUUUGGCGGCAUGGGGAAAUUCAUCUAAUCUACAGAUGAAUUUGAGAAAGAUCGUGGAUAUAGACAUUGCAAAAUACACCGAAGAUAAUUGGGAAUCUUUAAGACACGAAUGGGAACCUUACGCUAAAAGAGAUACGUUAUGUCUCGGAGCAUGUUUGAUAAAAUAUAACCCAGUCAUGAAAGAAGUUGUAUUCCAGAACGUUUCCAAUAAUCUAACGUUGAUUAGGGUUGGUAUUAUUUAUAUCAUUACGAUAAAUAAAUGGUUGAAGAAGAAUGGUACGAAACUACUAGAAUGGUUCCAAAACACAUUGAAAAAGAAAACGUAG